AAAGACAGAGAGGCACAUUCUUCUGGAACUUGCCUGUUGCAAUUUGUAAUGGCGGGUACAUAAUAAACGACCAAAAAAUAAUAAAAAUUAAAAUCGUAUUGCUUCUUUCUCGCACAAAACACCACUAACAGAAAACAGUAGCAAGAAAAAAAAACAGGGAGACAUCGAGAGAACGGAAAUGGACGACGUUAGAAUUUUAGAGGCAGAGAGGCGCCGGAUUCAAGAGCUUGAAUUCGAAGAAUUACAGGUCGAGGAAGAAGUCGAUGGUCGUGAUUCCACUGGUGCUGGUUCAUCUGAUGAUUUCACCUUCAACCCUUGUUUGGCUUCACUGCAUACUUAUCUUGGCGAGGUUGAAGACACUCAUCAUAGACUGGCUUUUUUGGAUGGAGGUGCCGUUUUGAACCUUCCAUUGUUCUAUCUUGAAGGAGUUGUUCUUUUCCCAGAGGCUACACUUCCUUUGAGAGUUGUUCAACCCAAUUUCAUUUCUGCUGUUGAGAGGGCAUUGGUUCAAGUAGAUAAUCCUUUUAUUGUAGGUGUGGUUCGUGCAUACAGGGGUUCUGAUUCGGAUAACAGACAAUUAAGGUUUGCAACUGUUGGGACAACUGCAGAGAUUCGACAAUACCGGCGAUUAGAGGAUGGAUCACUGAAUGUAGUUACUCGUGGCCAGCAGCGGUUUCAUCUAAAACAUCGUUGGAUUGAUGUGGAAGGAAUGCCCUGUGGAGAGGUUCAAAUCAUCCAGGAAGAUAUUCCGUUAAGGACACCCAAGGAUGCUUUUGGAAAAUUGGCACCAUUAAGUAAUCUACGCAGUCAUAGGCUCUCACGUGUGCUGCCUUCACUUGGAUAUGGGCAUAGCGACAAUGAUUCAGAGGCAAAUUCGGAUGACAGCUUCGAGAAUGCGCUCUCAUCAGCAGGCAUGAGAACUCACCAGUCUGCACUCGAUUCCUGUUAUGGUUAUGAUGUGAUGGAUGAAUCAACUAGCAGCGAUGAUGACAAGUUCUUGAGUCAGACAGAAAUGAGAUCUACAAGAUCUCACCUAAAUGAGUCAAAAGGGCCAUUGUACUCGGACACUGGAAAAAAUGCUGAUAAUACUACCUUAGAGAUUGGGAAUAGUUCUGAUUUGGCAAAGAAAGGGGAAGGGUCAAAGAGGUGUUGGAAAAAUACUGACUUAAACCACUUUCACAGGGUUCCAAGAGCCUUCUGGCCCCACUGGGUAUACCGUAUGUAUGACUCCUAUUGUCUUGCUGAAAGAGCAGCAGAUAUGUGGAAACAGAUAGUUGGGGCACCAAGCAUGGAUGGUCUUGUGAGAAAGCCUGACCUUUUGUCAUUUUAUAUUGCCAGUAAAAUUCCUGUUUCUGAAGAGACCAGGCAGGAGCUUCUGGAGAUUGAUGGCAUUUCAUAUAGACUGCGCCGGGAAAUUGGUUUACUUGAAAGUUUUGACCUUGUUCAAUGUAAAACUUGUAAGACUGUAAUCGCUCAGCGGAGUGAUAUGUUGGUGAUGUCUACUGAAGGUCCUCUUGGUGCUUAUGUCAAUUCACAUGGUUAUGUGCAUGAGAUAAUGACACUCCAGAAAGCUAAUGGGUUAGCACUCAUAGGGCGAGCCACUGUGGAAUACAGCUGGUUUCCUGGGUAUGCUUGGACAAUCGCAGAAUGUGCCUCCUGUGAAACCCAGAUGGGGUGGCUUUUUACUGCCACGAAGAAGAAGUUGAAGCCUCAAUCGUUUUGGGGAAUACGGAGUUCCCAGGUUGCUGAUGAUACACGAGUAACCUUAUAGACCGGCCAGCAAUAAAAGCAUCUGAUCUGGAAGAAUAAAGCAUGUGCCAAGUGAUAAUUGGCUUUGAUCUUCAAUCAAGAUGGCUUUUCACAUAA